UGACGCUUUCAUGUGUCGGUGUUAUGAGACGUAUUUUGUAAGGCUCGUCGUUUGUUUGCAGACCGGGCGGGUUACACAAGCUGUGCACUUACAACGAAGUUGGGGGUACCUCAGCUUCACUUCGGCUGGUCUAAAAAAGAAAAAUCGCGGUCUGCUGGUGAGCUUACACUAGCUGACACACGAUGUUUCCAGCUUGCAGAUACUCUAGUAAAGCCCACAGGUGUAUCAGGGCAUUGAAGACCGUUCAGACUGAGCAUGCUUCCCCUCAGCUGUACACAACACUACACAGAAGAACAUGCUCUUCAGUGUCAGCACCCCGGAUCACAACACACUACACCAUCCACCCUCGGGAUAAAGACCCAAGAUGGGAAGGGAUCGAAAUGGAGAGGUUUGCUGAUGAGGCAGAUGUGGUGAUAGUAGGUGGGGGCCCUGCCGGUCUCUCAGCAGCCAUUCGUCUGAAGCAGCUAGCUAACGAACACGAGAAGGAGCUGCGAGUGUGCCUUGUGGAGAAGGCCUCUCAGAUUGGAGCCCACACUCUGUCAGGAGCCUGUCUGGAGCCCUCUGCACUCAACGAGCUCUUUCCUGAUUGGAAGGAACGAGGGGCACCUCUGAACACCCCAGUGACCGAAGAUGUGUUCAGCAUUUUAACAGAGAAACACAGAAUCCCUGUCCCCAUGUUGCCAGGUCUGCCCAUGAGGAACCAUGGUAACUACAUUGUGAGGCUGGGGAACUUUGUACGCUGGCUGGGGGAGCAGGCCGAGGAGCUUGGUGUGGAGCUGUACCCUGGUUAUGCUGCAUCUGAGGUUUUGUUUCAUGAAGAUGGAAGUGUAAAAGGAAUUGCCACCAAUGAUGUAGGCAUCGCCAAGGAUGGCUCACCAAAGGAUAUUUUUGAGAGGGGAAUGGAGCUCCAUGCUAAAGUCACGUUGUUUGGAGAGGGCUGUCAUGGCCACUUGGCCAAGCAGCUAUACAAACAGUUCAACCUGCGUGAGAACUGUGAACCUCAGACGUACGCCAUCGGCCUGAAGGAGCUGUGGAUGAUUGAUGAGAAGAAGUGGAGGCCAGGCAGAGUGGAGCACUCUGUGGGUUGGCCCCUGAACAGGAACACUUAUGGAGGAUCCUUCCUUUAUCACCUAAAUGAAGGAGAACCACUAGUGGCCUUAGGCUUUGUGAUAGGUCUGGACUACACCAACCCUUACCUGAGCCCCUUCAGGGAAUUCCAGCGCUGGAAGCACCAUCCCUUUGUAGCACCCACUCUGGAGGGAGGCCACAGGAUAGCAUACGGAGCCAGGGCCCUGAAUGAGGGAGGAUUACAGUCUGUCCCAAAGCUGACUUUCCCUGGAGGGCUGCUGAUUGGCUGCAGCCCCGGUUUCAUGAACGUCCCAAAGAUCAAAGGCACCCACACAGCUAUGAAGAGUGGCAUGCUGGCUGCUGAGGCCAUUUUCCCCAAAGUUACAGCAGAGAACCUGGAUUCAGAGACGGCAGGACUUCAUGUGCCUGAGUACGCUGAAAGCCUGAAGAAUUCGUGGGUGUGGAAAGAGCUGCAUUCUGUGAGAAAUAUCAGGCCAUCGUUUCACAAUUACUUUGGCCUGUACGGUGGCAUGGUCUACACUGGGCUUUUCUACUGGAUCCUCAGAGGAAAAGAGCCAUGGACACUGAAACACUGCGGCCUUGAUGCAAACCAGCUGAAACCGGCUAAAGAUUGUACACCGAUUGAGUAUCCCAAGCCCGACGGCAAGAUAAGCUUUGACCUGCUCUCUUCUGUGGCCCUGAGUGGCACCAAUCACGAGGGGGACCAGCCCGCACAUCUGACCCUAAAGGAUGACAGCGUUCCGGUCGCCAGGAACCUGGCCAUAUACGAUGGGCCUGAGCAGCGCUUCUGCCCUGCAGGUGUGUAUGAGUACGUUCCCCUGGAAACAGGAGAUGGGAUGAGAUUGCAGAUAAACGCUCAGAACUGUGUCCACUGCAAGACCUGUGAUAUCAAGGACCCGAGCCAGAACAUCAACUGGGUUGUGCCUGAAGGCGGCGGAGGACCAGCCUACAAUGGAAUGUGAACCUCAUGCGGUUUGGUUGUUUUUUUACAUUUUGUCUUGAGUAAUGACUGUAAAGUACAAUGGCAUAUUCAGGAUGACAGUACUGGCCAGCAGAUGACAAAUGUGCCUAAGUAUGGAACUGACAAUAACUACAUUGCUGUUGACAGUGUAAAAAAUUAAAUCUCUAAGAAGUAAGGAUAUUGGAAUGAAAACUGUCAUAGAAAUUAAUUCAUAUAUUAUACGGCGGAGUAAUAAGUUCAAAAUGUGGCACAGGUGUUAUGAAACACAGUCAGAAUCCAGGACCAUAAUAAAACUCAAGUUAAAGCAGAAGUCAAAACAGCAGUUUUGUAGCUUUUGCAUUGUUGCCGUAGUAUCCACUGUAU